AUGCCGAUGUCACUUCGGAAACACUUCGGACGGGGUCUAUAUCAGGUUGGAAUAUAUGAUGGUGCUUGUUCCGAUAUCACUUCGGAAACACUUCGGACGGGUCUAUAUCAGGUCGGAAUAUAUGGUGGUGCUCGUUCCGAGGCGCGUAUAAGAUUGGAGCGUAACAGUUACAGCUCCUCCUUCUUCUUUUGGAAUGGCGAUCGAUUUUCGCACGUUAUCGCUGUCAAAACUGCAAAAGUUUCUGCAUCAGAUUCGCUCGUUAAAGAGAAGAAGUUGCUUGACAUAUUCAAUGGCUGUCCAUCUAUCCUUCACUGUUAUGGGGAUGACGUUACCACGGAAGAAGGCGAUGAACUAUACAACAUACUGCUCGAAUAUGCUGCCGGAGGAUGUCUAGCAGAUCGGACUAUGGGAAAAGGCUUGCAGGAGAACAUUUGUGAUGUAAAGCCACACAAUAUAUUGCUCGUAGCUGAUUCUUUACCUUCAAGAAAGAAGGGAGUCAGAGAAAUCGCUAAGUUGGCCGACUUCGGGAGUGCAAAGAAGAUCAAAGAUGACGAAGAUAACAAGGAAUUCAGGGGUACUAUUCUAUAUGCGGCUCCGGAGUCCAUUAUCCAUCAAGAAUACCAGCCAGAGUCAGAUAUUUGGGCGUUAGGAUGCACCGUGUUACAUAUGAUUACAGGAAAAUCACCUUGGAAAGUCGAGAAAGAAGACAAGGUGGAGGACGUUUUAUUCAAGAUUGGUUGCAGUGAAGAAUUGCCCAAGAUUCCGAGUAAGGCUUCCAAAGACGCCAAGGAUUUUUGA